AUGGAGAGCUCUGUUGACAGUUCAGGCCAUGGUUUUCAAAACCGGAUUGGACCGAAUGGUUGGAUCAGAAAAAUCUGGAAUUGUCCUCUUCUCUUUUCCUUUUCCUUCCUUGAUACUCUUGUUGCCUUACCUCACAAUGUAACCAUCCCGGCCUUGAUAGUGUUUGGAGAUUCAAUUGUGGAUACUGGCAAUAACAACAACCUUCUCACUGCAGUUAAGUGUAAUUUCCCUCCAUAUGGGAGGGAUUUCAUGGGAGGAAUUCCAACUGGAAGGUUUAGCAAUGGAAGGGUCCCUUCCGACCUCUUAGUUCAAGAGAUUGGGAUAAAGGAGCUUUUGCCCGCAUAUCUCGACCCCGAUCUCCAAACUGAAGACCUCCAUACCGGCGUAAGCUUUGCCUCAGGUGGUGCAGGAUUUGAUCCUCUCACUGCACAAGCAUCGUCGGUUUUAUCAUUGCCGAAGCAAUUGGAAUUAUUCAAAGAGUAUAUAGGAAAGUUGAACGAAGCUGUGGGAGAGGAGAGAAGCUCAACCAUCGUAUCAGAGAGCCUAUAUGUUAUUGGUGCGGGGAGCGACGACAUUGCAAAUACAUAUUUUGGUGCAACGUUCAGGAGACUUCAUUACGACAUUCCCAGUUACACGGAUCUCAUGGUCCAGGAGGCUUCGGGUUUCGUACAGGAAUUGUAUGAACUUGGGGGAAGAAGGAUAGGUGUGUUUAGCUCUCCACCAAUAGGAUGUGUGCCAUCCCAAAGAACCCAAGCUGGAGGAAUAUACAGAGAGUGUGCAGAAGAGUACAACCAAGUGGCGAGAUUGUUCAAUGCCAAGCUAUCUUCCCAGCUAAAUUCACUCAGACACAAGCUUCCUGGGACAAGGCUUCUCUACAUUGACGUCUACUCUCCUUUGCUGGAUAUUAUUCAAAGGCCUCAAGAUUACGGGUUUGAAGAGGUCAGCAAAGGAUGCUGUGGUACGGGGAAGAUAGAAGUAACAUUGCUGUGCAAUGACUUGAACCCUUUUACGUGUGCAGAUGUCUCCAAAUAUGUAUUUUGGGAUAGCUUUCAUCCCACCCAGAAAGCCUACAAAGCUCUCUUUGGUCCACUAUUACGCAAGUACCUUAGCUUUUUCUACUGAGGCAAAGGAAAUCGCCUUUGUUAAUGUAUCGCAUUCGUUCAUAUUGUAAACUUCAUAAUUCAUUAUUCAUGAAUGAAGGGAUUUUAUGGGUCAGGCGUGUGUCACUGUGUGUAAUAAAGCCUGGCUCUGAAGUAGGUAUGCAAUUUUAUGGGCCAGGCCUGGCGUGUGUUCAGCCGGACCAGGCCCAAACUUGACCCAAUCAGUUCAGCACCAGCACCAGGAGAUCCGGCCGUUAGGGUGUCAUGGUGUGUAACUGUGUACUGUGUAAUGCAAGGAAUGAAAUGAUACAAGC